GAACUUAAUAUACCGAAAAUGUUUUCGAAAUUUCUGUGUACCGAAGUACGUGCCAUUCGCUGUGUUGAUAAUUUAAUUUUUAUAGGUAUGGGAUAUAUAUUAUAUAUUUUCAAUGGCAACACAUACAAAUUGGAACACAAAAUAAAGUGUCUUUAUCCACACAACAUACAUGGAAUUAUUGAAGGUCCUGAUAAUAAAUUAACAGUGUUUGGUGGAAAUCUUUUUCUUUCAUUUAAGAUUCAAUUAAAACAAGAAAUACUGUCAAUUGAAGAAGAUUCUAAUAGAAAGAGACUUAAUGAUUGGAUAGUAACAGCAAAAUGGGUGGCAUUUGAUGGAUAUGAUCAUUUAUGUAUUCUUCUAGCACACAAUAAUGUUUGUAUUUGUGAUACACUUACUGAGUCCUAUCGAAGUAUAUGGUGUGAAGAAAAAUGCAUUCUAUAUGCUGGCUUUAUAUUAGACAACAGCAAUGAAGAUGUAAUCAUUUUUAGUGGAACUGUAUAUCAAGAAAUAUUGAUAUGGCAAAUAAAUUAUGCUCAUCAUGAUAAUACUUCUCCAAUUUUACAUCGUUUACAAGGACAUAAUGGUAUAAUCUUUUCAGUCGUAUAUGAUCCACUUGUACAACUUAUUUGUUCUACAUCAGAUGACAGAACGGUCAGAUUGUGGAAAAUAAGUAACAAUAAAAGUGAAGACAGUGAUCAUAUAUUAGAAGGAAAAUUAGAAAAAACAAAUUGGAGAGAAAUCAAUAUAAGACUAAUGCGAACAAUGUUUUGUCAUACAGCUAGAGUGUGGAAAUCUGUCAUUAGAAACGAAACUUUAAUUACCAUAGGAGAGGACUCUCUUAUGUGCACUUGGUCAUUGGAUGGUAACUUACUUAACAAAAUUUGUGCUCAUCAUGGUGCUGCUAUAUGGAGUAUUGAUGUAUCAAGCGAUAAUAAAAUUAUUUUGACUGGUGGUGCUGAUGGUGCAGUUCAUGCAUGGCCUUUUGUUAAUAAUUGUAUCCAAAAAGCUAUACUAUUACCAUAUUUACAUAUAGAAAUGUUGCCAAAAUAUGUGUCUUACUUAAGAAGUGGUAAUUUUCUAAUUUUUAGCGAAAAUGGCACUUUGUUUAUAUUUAAUAACUGUUAUAGAAGUCUAGGAGGAUCAUUGUAUUUAGAAAAAUAUAGUACAUACUGUGUUAUGGAAGUUUCUUUAUGCCACUCCUAUGUUUGUUUUGCAUCAAUAGAUGGAUAUAUAACAAUAUACAAAGAAAUAUCACCUAAUAUAUGUAAUAAAGAAUUACAACAAAUUGUAGAAGAAAAGAUAAUGGAUUCACAAAUUUUUUCUGUACAAUGGCUAGAAGAUAAUAAAUUAGUAAUUUGUGGGAUAAAUGGAAUUUUAAAAAUAAUCAGUGUCACUGAAGAAGGAUUAAUCACCGUAGAAUCAGUAUGUUUGUUACCACAUAGUCGAGAACGUUGGUUAACAGCAGCUAUUUUAUAUGAAGGAUUACUAGUGUGUGGGGAUAGAGCUGGAAAUAUGCAUGUUUUUGAUCCUCAAAAAUCUGUCUCAUGUAAUGAAGCGAAUAUAUCUGAAACGAAUAAUAAAUGCAUCCAAACUUUUGUCAAAGUUCAUGGAAUAAUUGGUAUUCAAAGUUUCAUAAUUUUGAAUUCAAAAUUAAUAUCAGCUGGUCGAGAUGGAAUGUUAAAGUUUUAUGAAUUAAAUAAACGUGAAAAUACAAAACUAUUAUGCACUUUACAUAAACAAAAAAUGCCAAUGGACUGGAUUAGUGGCUAUUUAAAAGCCUCUGAUGAUAUUUUUAUAUUAGGCUUUAAAGAGGCAGAAUUCAUAAUAUAUAGUAUGUUCCAUUAUCGAAUUUUGAUGAGAGUUCCUUGUGGUGGUGGACAUAGAUCAUGGGAUUGUAUGAUACAAAAUGAAUUUAUUACAUUUUUAUAUAUUCGUAAUAAGCAAGUAUAUGUAUCUGAUUUUCCAUUAAGUUUUUUCACGUCGCCUGUUUUAUUGAACGGUUUCCAUGCAAAGGAAGUAUACUGCAUCAAUCGGAUAUCAAUUGGUCAGAAUAAUAUUUUUAUAUCUGGUGGUGAAGAUAGCACUAUUCGUAUUAGCUAUAUCUCAAGUACAAUGACAAUUAGCAAUUUCUCCUUUCGAACUUUGAAUAUUUUUGAUGGUCAUAUUUCCAAUAUCAAAUUUAUAACUUACUUAAGUUUACAAACUGAUGAUUCUUACAACAAAUAUCUCAUUUUUUCGGGGGGUGGAAGAGCACAAAUAAAAGUUUGGGAAAUUUAUAUAAAAGAUAGUGAAAUAUAUUUGCAAAAUACAGAUAUUUCUUGCUAUGACAUUACAUCUCACAUGUUAUACGGAGUUGAUCGUUCUCGUAAAAAGCAAGAAUCUAAUAUGGAUCCUGAGAGUCGAUAUAUGGAUAUUGAGGUUUAUCGUUGCCCAACAAAUUUAGACUAUAUAUUGCUCUUUAUUGCUUGCGCAGAUGGAUUUGUAAGAGUGUUUUUAUAUGAUAUUAAUACGAGAAAUAUUUCAUUAAAAGCACAAGUAAAAUGUGUUGAUCGUUGCAUAACAAAAAUAACCGUUUUAACAUAUAAUGAAAAAGUAAUUGUAUUAACAAUGUCCACUGACGGAAUCGGACGAUUUAUUGAUUUUACCAAUAUUAUUUCAAAGAUUAUAAUUCCGCAAAAUGAAGAAAAAUUAGACAAUUGUAAAAAUUUAUUUAUUGUAAGCUUUAAUUUACAUAAAUCUGGAAUUAAUUCUUAUGAUAUAAAAAUGAUUGAAAAGAACGAAUAUUUAUUAGCAACUGGUGGUGAUGAUAAUUUAUUUAACAUUAUUUGUUUCAAAGUUCAGUUUCAAAGUACAAAGAAAGAAUUACAUAUUUCAUUGUUAUCAAAGUGGAAUUCUUCCACUGCCCAUGACGCUCAAAUUACAGGAAUAAUAUUUCGUGAACAAAAUAAAAUUUUUAGUGUUGGAAUAGAUCAACGAGUAAACAUGUACUGUUAUGAUUAUACCAACAGUAUUUUAUCGGUAACAUUUUUGCAGAAAAUUGCUACAGUUGUAACAGAUGUAAAAGGCUUAACUUCAUGGUAUAAUUUAAAUGGUCAAACAGUUUUAUGUGUAUACGGUAGAGGAUUUGAGAUAUUACUCUGCUAAUGUGAAAUACUCAAUUAUAAGAAAUUAUGGUGACAGAGCUUGUACAGUACUGUCAAAAUCGUGUUUACACCGUACCAGAAUUACAAAA